AUGUUAGUGCCGUUUGCAUCGUUUGUGGACCCGUUCUCACGAUCUUCGCCACCACUCAAUCCGCACAUGCUUCCUCGGGAUAGAGGGAGCUACUGGGAAUUCAUCUUCCCGUCAGCCAAUCUCAGUACUAUUGGUAUCGACCUGUCGACAAUCUUGAUGCCAGUUUUCAUUACGACUGUCGUCCCGUCUUCGCAGCAGGGGCUGGCAGGGGGGGUGCUGGUUCCCGCGCUGCAGCUUGGCAUUGCCUUAGUCCUCGGGCUAACAGACAUUGUUCGGGCGGCCAUGAUCAAGAAUAGGGUUUGGAGACAAGUUAUACGGCGACUUUUGGGUUUGGUAUCGGCGUCGCUAGUCUUUGACAUCAUAGGGUCGACAUUUGAACAGCCCAAACAGCCUUAUCAGCCGCUCUUCUCGACGUCCCCCAGACUCGACAUCUUCAAGCAUUCCGAGUCCCAAACAUGGACCGGGCGCCCCUCAAUUCUUCUCUACGUGCUUUCUCUGGCGAAUGCGGCUGCUUCAAGCUCUCUGGCCAUGUUACCGGAUUUGAUUGACCACAUUUCCGCCCAUCUACGGCACUUCUCUGCGAUGCAGUGGGCAGUUGCGGCGGUUGUAAUAUACGUGCUGCAAGUUCUCCCAGUUCCUUUCGAGCGCGGUGUCUCCAACGGAGGGCGAAUCGGCACCUUGCUGGAUUCGGUCCUUCACCAUUUCAAACCCAUGGAACCUGCUGAUAUCCAUCUGAAAGGCAUUCUAUGGCCUGCAUUUGUCAUUGGCGCUGAGGCACAAACAACAUCUCAAAGAGCACUCCUCAGUAAUGUCUCCGGAGAUCUGUGGACACUAUGGCGCUGUCACAAUGUGACAAAUGCCUUGAAGGUGCUUAAGAAGAUUUGGGUUCGUCAGGCUAUGGAAGGGUCGUCUCGACGAUGGAUUGAGUAUGACUAUGAGUGGGGGUGA